AUGAUUCAAAAUAGUUUGGAUCGCGGGACCACCGCAACGUUUUGCGACUGGAGGUCUAUCUUGAAUGCUGUAUCUUCAACCGAUGAAAAUGCCUUCAAUCCUUGCUUCAUAUUGUGGCUCUUUACCUAUAUCAAUGGCACCUUCUUUGUCAUUUUAAGUGGUCGUUUGUGGACUAGCUAUAAGAAACCAAAGCUAGGAAACUAUGGGCCCAAAAGUACUGGACUCCUACACACCUUGCGGAUAUUUUUGGUGUCUUUCCAUUGCAUCUUGUGGUUUUAUCUCUGUACGUUUGUGAAUAUUCACGAACGCAAAGCAGAUGCAAAAGUUUUGUCGUUUGGUACAACUUUGGUUGCUCUCGCGACAGUGAUCCUCCCAUUACAUGUAAUUGAAGUGACUCGGUCACCAACGGCAGAUCUGUUCUUGCUUUGCUACUGGCCCUUUAUGGUUGCCGCGCAUAUCUUUCUUUGGUACCAGGACACUUUUACCAGGCAACAUGUGGUGAAGGGUACUUCCUACAAUGCUAUCCAUGUCGUGGAGCUUGUGCUUAUUUUGAACUCGAUUGUUGUGUGCGUUUUUGAAGGAGCGAGGACUUUCUGGAAACCCACACAUGAACUUAUCUUCAGCUAUACAAAACGAGGACUUGAAGUCGAUUUAUUCAAGCCAAAUUUGUACGAAAGAAUUACUUUCACCUGGAUGAAUGACUUGAUUGCAAAUUCCUACAAUAAUGAUACUGUCACCAACUUAGACUUACCAAAUUCCCCGGCUAAUUUGGAGUCUGCCGAUGUAUCGAAGAAGCUUGCGAAAAAUUGGGAUGCCGAAAGGCAGAACCACAAAGAACCUUCCUUAUUGCGUACGUUAUGGGUGAGCUUCUGGUUUGUGACCAUACUCUCCUUUGUCUAUGAGCUCUCCGAAUCCAUGUUGGACUUUGUACAGCCUCAAUUAUUGAGAAUCUUCAUCACGUUUUUCCAAAAAGAUUCACCUUCAAUAUUACAAGGUGUACUUAUCUGUUUCUCAAUGGGUCUCUUGACUAUAGUACAAACAGCUCUUUACAACCAAUACGUUUUAAAGAUAGCAGAGUUGGGUCUUGGAUUGCGCUCAUCUCUCAAUGCAUUGAUAUUUCAGAAGAGUUUGAAGCUUUCAGCAGAAGCUCGUCAGAAGAGCUCUGCUGGCGAUAUAAUCAACUUGGUUUCCGUCGAUGUCAUAAAAAUCCAAGGUGCUUCUCAAACGAUGAGUAUUAUUGUACUCGCGCCAAUUCAAAUGGUUGUGGGAGUCCUCUCCUUGUGGAAACUCUUGGGUGGACCCGCAACGUGCACCGGGUUUCUCGUCAUGGUUAUUCUUUCACCUUUCACUGCCAGCCUCAUCAAGUUACAGCGUUCGUUGGGAAAGACCCAAAUGGCUCUCAAGGAUCACAGAACUCGAGUUGUCAACGAAAUAUUUUCAUCUAUCAAAAGUAUCAAGCUCUACGCUUGGGAAAUUCCAAUGUUGGCCAAGCUAAGCGAAGCUAGGAAUGAUCAAGAACUCAAGAACUCACGAAAGAUCAGAGUAAUCAGACAAUUUAUAAUGGUCAUUUGGAAAUCUACUCCUUUCUUGAUUUCUUUCGCUGCUCUCUCCACGUUCGCUUUGUUUCUGGGCCGGGAACUUACGUCGAAUACCGUUUUCCCUGCCUUGACUCUUCUUCGGUUGCUUGCUACCCCGAUUCUUGCCUUUCCGGCGGUGAUGACCUCAUUGGUAGAAACCUCCGUCUCAUUGGGCAGAAUAAGAUCUUUCUUGAUUCUCGAUGAAAUUGACGAAAAAAUGAUUCAAAGAUUCAAUUCCGAUACCCCGUUAGAGCACGCCAUCUCCAUCAAGAAUACCUCUUUCCUUCGUUCACCCCCUCCACCUGUACCUGAGAGAGAUCUGGAAGAAGAAGCUUUGAUUCCAGAGGUGAAGUAUGCAUUGAAAAAGAUAGAUUUCCAGGUCCCAGUUGGCAACAUAAUAUGCGUGGUUGGUAAAGUCGGCAGUGGUAAAUCGAGUUUCUUAUCAGCAAUCUUAGGAAAUUUCAAUGCUGUCAAUGGUGACAAUAUUCACCAGCCUACCUCAUUCGGUGUUUUUGGUUCCGUUGCAUACUGUGCGCAAAAUCCUUGGAUUAUGAAUGCAUCAGUAAAGGAGAACAUCUUAUUUGGAUACGAGUAUGACGAAGAUUUUUAUCAGCGAACUAUUGAAGCGUGUGAAUUGCUUCCAGAUUUAGAGAUUCUUCCUGAUGGGGACGACACUCAAGUGGGCGAAAAGGGGGUAUCGUUAUCGGGCGGUCAAAAAGCAAGACUUGCAUUAGCAAGAGCAGUGUACGCUAGAGCGGACGUCUAUCUCUUGGACGAUGUUUUGUCGGCAGUCGAUGCUCAUGUGGGUCAAAAAAUCACUGAUCAAGUGCUUUCCAAAUCGACUGGCCUCCUUUCAGGCAAAACUGUUAUCUUGGCUACUAAUUCGAUCCCUGUUUUGGACUUGGCUGACCAUAUUUACUUGCUUGAGCACGGUACAAUUGUGGAACAUGGAACUGUAUUUCAAGUGUACGGAAAGGAAGAGAAUUGUACGAAAUUGUAUGAGCUAGUUACCAAACUUGACAGUGGCUCUGAAAGUGGAACGCCUUCAAUAAGGCCACAAAGCGGUCAAGUGACUACCACCGAGAGGCCAAAAAAGUACGAAAAGGCGAAAAUAGCUGAGUUUAGUUGGAAUUCGCUUGAGAAGCUUCUCCCAAAUAUCCGCACUGCCCAGUUGAAGGAAGAUUCCGCCAAGGGAGCUGUGAAAUGGGGUGUCUAUUUAAAAUAUGCCAGAGCUUGUUCUGUGCCUGGAUCAAUUACUGCUAUCGUGUUCGUUGCGUUGACAACUUUAGCUGAAGUUGCUGGCACUUAUUGGCUCAAGUACUGGGCCGAACUGGGCUCUGAGAAUAGUUCAAGAGAGGCCGUUUGGAAGUUCAUUGCCAUUUAUGCUGCAAUCGGAAUAAGUCGAAGCAUUCUAGGAGUUAUAAAAGGUACCAUGAUUCAGGUUAUCUUAGCAUUGAGGGCUUCUCGAGUCACCCACGAUCGGAUGGCUGCCAGAGUCCUUCGUGCCCCAAUGCUGUUCUUUGAACGAACUCCUUUGGGCCGCAUAAUGAAUCGGUUCACUUCAGAUAUCAACAAAGUUGACGAUGUAUUGGCGGGAGUGUUCGAUCUGCUCUUUACUUCUUUUGCAACGACUUUGAUAACUUUGCUCAUUGUUGGUCUUGCCAUUCCACCUUUUACAAUAAUGAUAUUCGUGCUCUCGUUCGUGUAUGGAUAUUAUCAGAGAUACUAUAUCUCCAUCUCGCGUGAGCUCAAAAGAUUGAUAUCUGUCUCGAGAUCGCCCAUUUACGCCCACUUGCAAGAGAGUUUGAACGGAGUUGAUACAUUGAGAGCAUUUGAUCAAAUGGAUCGUUUCUGUUAUAUCAACAGAUCAAACAUUGAUGUGAACACAAAAAGUCUUUUCAUGCUGCAGUCGAUUAGCAGAUGGCUUUCAACAAGGUUACACUUUCUCGGAUCCAUUCUGGUGUUGUCUUCCUCCAUUUUGUCAGUUUUGACGCUCCUCUCUUCGAAGCCUCUUACAGCAGGAAUGGCCGGUUUCUUAAUGACUUAUGCCUUGACAGUCACUGGCUCCCUCAGUUUACUCGUACAAACCUCUGCAAUGGUGGAAUCCAAUAUUGUAUGCUUUGAGCGCUGUGUCGAGUAUUGGGACUUGCCCAUUGAGAAUGAAACCGGUUUGGGCAGGACCGAAGUUGGAGAAUCGUGGCCAGAUAAUGGAGCAAUCGAGUUUAAAGACUACUCUACACGGUAUCGUGCAAAUCUUGACUUGGUAUUGAAAAACAUCAACCUUGACAUCAAGCCACAAGAAAAGAUUGGAGUAGUUGGGAGGACUGGAGCUGGUAAGAGUUCAUUGGCGCUAGCUAUCUUCCGCAUCAUCGAACCUGAAACCGGCCACAUUAGUAUCGACGGGUUAAACACUAGUGAACUCAAUCUCUCUUUGUUGAGAGGUAGUCUUGCCAUUAUCCCACAGGACUCUCAAGCCUUUGAGGGUACUCUCCGUCAAAAUUUGGACCCUCUUAAUCAACAUACCGACGAAGCAUUAUGGAAGGUACUUGAGCACUCACACUUGAAGGAGCAUGUGUUGCGGUUCGAACUUCCUGAAGGUGAGGAAAAUAGACUCAACUACAAGGUUUCUGAAGGAGGAGCCAAUCUCUCGGCGGGACAGAAGCAACUCAUGUGUCUUGCGAGAGCGCUUUUGAAUCCUUCUAGAAUUCUUGUUCUCGACGAAGCUACUGCUGCUGUUGACUCACAGACCGAUAGUGUGGUACAAGAAACAAUCAGGAGCGAAUUUAAAGACAGAACCAUUGUCACUAUUGCCCAUAGACUCGAUACCGUGAUGGACAGCGAUCGUAUCAUCACAUUAGACAAUGGAACAGUCAAAGAAUUUGAUACGCCAGAGAAAUUAUUGGAAGAUAAGAACAGCAUAUUCUACGGAAUGUGCAAGAAAGGAGGAUAUAUAUAG